AUGGUUCUAAACUCGCUGCAUUUCUUUGCAGAAGCAACUUUGGGCAAGGCAACGAAAGUAGAUUUGAGCCAAUCCGAUGGUUUCUUAAUAUAUUUAAAUUUUUUUAUCAUCAAAAGACGAAUUAAAAGUUAUGUUAUUAAACUUGGACAACAAUGGCGCGAUGAAAGCAGUUUGUCGGAGUAUUGUAUUAAAAUGAAACGUGAUCAAGUUAAACAGACCGACCGUUAUACUUUCGUGUAUUGCACAUUAACCAGAGUAUAUCUUCAUUUUUAUUUAGCAACUCCAUUACUAACAAUGUUAAUCCAGAAAUUUCUACUGAAUUUCGAAGUAACAUAUACCACACCGCUGAAAUUUACAUUACCUUUUGAUUAUCAAAGCAAUGUGGGUAUAUUUGUUGGUGUUUACUUGAUGGAUUACUCAAUCAUCUUCUCUUUAGGAUAUUUAAUAAACUGCAGCUUAUUUAUUACAUCCGUAACUAUGAGCCAAUUGCGGACUUUAUUUACGCUGCUACAAGAAGAUUUCAAGGAAGUUAUUAAAUCAAAAGAUGUAGACGUCAAAUUGAAGCAUAUUAUUAAGAGGCAUUCUACGUUAUCAAAGCUUUUAAAUGAGCUGGGCGAUGCUUUCGGUGCUAUUUUGGCUAUUCAUGUACUAUUUUUAUCAAUUACAAUUUGUUUCUAUGGAAUUGCUGCAAGAAUUUACGGAAGACUAGAAGAUUUGAAGAAUUUUUUGGUAUCUGUCCUAACAAUAGUUAAUAUUUACCAUUGCUGCAAACAUGGUCAGCUUGUCACUGACUCGGCAAUGGAUAUCGAAAAAGUAAUAUACAGCAGUGCUUGGGAGCAACUGUCGAUAAAAAAUAAGAAAUUACUUCUACUAACAAUGAUGAGCGACCCUCAUCAAAAGGGAUCUGAAAGCACAAAUCGCGAUACCAGCAAAGCACCAUAA